AUGCUCAGGUUACUUACGAGACUUAAUGUACCUGUGCGGGCUAUGAGGCCCAUGCCGCUGGCGCCAUUAGCGAGGGCGCUGCCUGUGACGAGACCCCUAGCGUUGCCACUCAGGUUCUACUCAGAUAUGAAUAGCCGGAAGCAGGAAACUGGCAGUGGGGGUUCUAGUGAUGGUGGACCCGCUGGCGAUGAGGGUUCUGGUGGUAAGGGUCAGGGCCAGGGCAAAGGACCCGGUAAGGACCCGCGCGAAGAGAUGAUGAAGGCCUUCUGGCAGUAUGUGAAGUCUAAGGAAUUCCAGAAUACCAUGUACUUGACCAUCGGUUUGUCGUUUAUAUACACGUUGAUGAGUGCCAACGAGGACACCAGUGGUCGUGAUCCGCUGACUUUCCAGGAUUUCAAGGCCAAGUACUUGGAGAAAGGGCUUGUGAAGAAGAUCUACGUCAUUAAUAAGUACCUAGUUGAGGCUGAGCUGGUGCCUCUGGCAAACGAUAGUAAUGGGCAAUAUGGUGCCAAUGGUAUGGUGCCCAGAGUAAUUUCAUUUACCAUCGGGUCCGCAGAUGUCUUUGAAGAGCAACUGGAUGAGUUGCAAGACAGGCUACAAAUACCUCCAAGUGAACGUAUCCCAGUGCAGUAUGUUGAAAGGGCAUCGGCAUUCCAGUAUCUAUAUCCAUUUAUCCCCACUGUAUUGCUGAUUGGUGGUCUCUACUUUAUUGCUAAGAAGUUGAACCCUAAUGCUAACAUGAACGGAGGGGGAGGUUCAUCGGGUAUGUUUGGUGUCGGCAAAUCAAAGGCUAAACUAUUCAAUAAAGAAACAGACAUUAAAAUAUCUUUCAAGGAUGUUGCCGGUUGUGAUGAGGCUAAACAGGAAAUUAUGGAAUUCGUUCAUUUCUUGAAGAAUCCGGCAAAGUAUACACAAUUGGGCGCUAAGAUCCCUAGAGGUGCUAUAUUGUCUGGUCCUCCAGGUACAGGUAAGACAUUAUUGGCAAAGGCUACUGCUGGUGAAGCAGGUGUACCUUUCCUUUCUGUGUCAGGUUCAGAGUUUGUGGAAAUGUUUGUCGGUGUAGGUGCAUCUCGUGUCAGGGACUUAUUUGAACAGGCUAGGCAGAUGGCUCCUUCUAUCAUAUUUGUUGAUGAAAUAGAUGCUAUCGGAAAAGAAAGAGGUAAAGGGGGUGCUCUUGGUGGUGCCAAUGACGAAAGAGAAGCAACCCUAAAUCAACUGCUUGUGGAGAUGGACGGUUUUAGCACUAGCGAUCAAGUCGUGGUCAUUGCAGGUACCAACAGAAUGGAUGUUUUAGACCCAGCACUUAUGAGACCAGGUAGAUUUGAUAGACACAUCGAAAUUGAUGCACCUGAUAUGAGCGGAAGGAAGGCCAUAUAUAAUGUUCAUUUACAACGACUAAACCUUGACCCCAAACUAACAGAGACUGCUGAGAAGCGUGACAACCUAUCGGGUAAACUUGCCACGUUGACACCUGGUUUUACUGGUGCAGAUAUCGCUAACGCCUGUAAUGAAGCUGCGUUGAUCGCUGCAAGACAUCAGGAUAAGUAUGUUGAACUAUUACACUUUGAACAGGCCAUUGAAAGAGUCAUUGCUGGCUUAGAAAAGAAAUCGAAGGUUUUGUCGCCAGAAGAGAAGAAAACAGUUGCAUAUCAUGAAGCUGGCCAUGCUAUUUGUGGAUGGUUUUUGCAAUAUGCAGACCCGCUAUUGAAGGUAAGCAUCAUUCCUCGUGGUCAUGGUGCGCUUGGAUAUGCCCAAUAUCUUCCUUCAGAUCAGUAUUUAAUUACAGAGGAACAGUUUAGACAUAGAAUGAUUAUGGCUUUAGGAGGUAGAGUGAGCGAAGAGCUGCACUUUCCUUCAGUAACAAGUGGUGCUCAUGAUGAUUUCAAGAAGGUUACAAAUAUGGCGCAUGCUAUGGUCACAUCUCUGGGAAUGUCGAAGGAGAUUGGAUAUCUGUCUUAUGACCAAAAAGGAUCCGGAUUUCAAAUAAACAAGCCUUUUAGUGAGAAAACAGGGAGAAAAAUUGAUUUAGAAGUAAAGCGUAUUGUUGAUGAAGCCCACGAGGCAUGCCGCAAGCUGUUAACGGAGAAUCUGGAAGAUGUAGAUAAAGUCGCAAAGUUACUACUUCAAAAAGAAGCUAUUAGCAGAGAAGAUAUGAUCAAGCUUGUUGGACCAAGACCAUUCCCAGAGAAAAACGAAGCUUUUGAAAAGUAUCUGGAUAAUGGUCUAAAUGGACCAGCACCUGCAACUGACUAG